AUGAUGGGAGUUUCAAAAUCGACAGAAAUAGAAUGUUGCCAUGAAUUUGUUCAUGGACUAAAUUCUCUCCAGAAGUUUCCGAUCACACGACAAGAUGCUAUGGAAAAAAUUGAGGGAUUUUCGUAGAUCAGCUAGAUGCCGAGUGUAGUGGCAACAAUUGACGGAACUCAUAUUCCAAUCAAGGCGCCAAAAAAUAGUCAUGAGGACUAUUUUAACCAAAAGCACUUCUACAGCUACGUGAUGCUGGCUGUUAUU